UUUAAGCGCGUAUCUUGUUUACAUCGUCAUGUCGGACAAUUUUCUAAAUUUAUGAAUUUAUAAAUGUAAGCAAAAUGCUGUCGGAAGAGAAUAAUGAUGGAGGUGACAAUGUCGAGGAAAUAAUCAGUAAAUCAGUGAGUUGCACUAAUAUACCAGAGGCCUUUCUCGACAAAAACGUCGCGAAGCGACACUUCGCACAAUUCGGAAGAAUUCACAGUUUCACAUUGUCGCCAAAACGCCGUACCUGUACCGUCGAAUACGAGACAGAAGAAGCGGCCGAAGUUGCUCUUAUUGAUGGGGGAUUCUAUGACGGUGAAGUUUUUGACAUAUUCUUUACGCCGAAGGUUAUUGCGCCGCCUCGUCCUAUGAUUGAUUACAUCGAUCCGGACGUUCAGGAUGAGCUAAGUGCGAUGUCAUCAUCGUCCAGAAGAACAUCAUAUUUGAAACCAGUGGAUGUAGUUGAAGCAUCAAUUACAAAGUCAAUGUCACCGACUCGAAUAUUAGAGCCGAAAAGACCACCCCGCAUUAAGACGUUGGGUGAGCAAAUAAAACCAUUGACAAGACCAGCAGCACUUAAACCCAUUGAUCAAAUCGCUAAAAAUGAACUAGAGACACUUAUGCGAAAGCCGGCAUAUACGUCGGACGAAAAAUAUCGAGUAUUGGAUGCACGUGACAAACUGAUCCGUUUGACGACAUCGAGAAGUACGGACAUUAAGACCGCAAAAAUUACGCAAGGAGUGUGUCCUGAUAUGUGCCCGGAAAAGGAACGUUUAAUGCGUGAAGCUACUCAUCGUGUCUCGUCUUAUGAACUGGAGGAAAACUCGAAAAAUGUCAUGAAGCAUCGCCUAGCUCUGAAGCAAUACGCUCGCAGUUCAGCUGACCAAGAAUCCGCAUUGCCUCAUGAACUGCGUCCGGAACCAAUACUUAAAAUGACAAUGAAUUACUUGCUGCACAACAUUGUUGACUUGUGUGAACAAACCGAUGGCAACGUUGGCGAUUGGUUCCAUUUCGUUUGGGACCGCACCAGAAGCAUUCGCAAGGACAUAUCACAACAGGAACUAUGCAGCCAAACGGCAGUCAGUUUAGUCGAACAGUGUGCACGGUUCCACAUACACUGUGCCGCUAGAUUGGUGGCUGAAGAAGCUCAAAUUUUCGAUCAGAAAAUCAACAGCGAAAAUUUGACGAAAUGUUUGCAGUCGCUCAAGUAUUUGUAUCACGAUUUGAAUUUGCGCCGAGAGGCAUGCGUCAAUGAAGCAGAAUUUCGAGCGUACGUUGUCCUGUUGAAUUUGAACGAUUGCCAAUUUUUCUGGGAAGUUAAACAGUUUCCGCAUCACAUUUUGCACUCAAAGGAGAUUCGCUUUGCCAUUGACGUGUAUUUGGCCAUGGCGAACAACAAUUACGUCAAAUUCUUCACAUUGGUGCGGCAGACCACUUACAUGAAUGCAUGCAUUUUGCUGCGAUAUUUCAAUCAAGUUCGCGUUGGCGCUCUCAAUACCAUGAUCAAAGCCUACGUCCCAAAACAUUCAGCCGUUAUGAGCAUCUCCUACUGGCACUACAUUUUGGCUUUCGAAGACUACGAACAGACGGCACAGUUCUUCGAAUACUACGGAAUGCAAUGCGAUCGAAAUGACGAUCGAGUGUAUUUGGAUCGAAAUUCGUUUUACUAUCCAGAUUUGCCGUUUAUUUUGGAUCGGGCCAUCAAUGUGGUGGAACACAAACGAAUCUGUUCCGUUGGUGAAGCCAUAUAUGGGGCACCGCUUGAAAAAUUCGAUGACUUCCAGAAAUAUGUGCCGCACGACAGUUUUGACGAGAACGGAAUGUUGACAGAUGAAGCGUGGACAGCUGAAGACCAAAACUACCUCAAUCCGCCAACACCGAAACGGAAGUCCGUCCAUACACCAUUUCGUGAGGAGGAGGAACCAGUUUUUAAAGUACCUUUGGCUCCAACGCCGAAAUCGUCUCCCAAUUCGAAGCCAAGUAUUUUCAGCAAAUUAAGUGCGAAGAUCGAUUCAAAGCCACUGCAUGAAAAUGGCACCGUACAGCCACCGUUAUCGGACAAUCUGUUUGGAAAAUCAACAUUAAGUGGUGUGGUGCCACUGAACAACAUUUUUCACGCCUCCAACGACAAACCACCAUCACAUCCAUCAAAUAACAUUUUCGGUACAAUAUCCCUUCCGCAAAAUAUAUUCGCAACAGCAAAAUCUUCGGAUGGCAAUUCAUUGAAGUCUGGAAACAGCAGCACAAGAUUAUUUGGAGGUUUUCAAUCGUCGACACCCAGCAUUUUUGCCAAUUUUACCGGCAGAGCAUCAAGCAUUCAAAGUUCGUUGCCCAAUGAACCUGUUAAAACCAUUAGCAAGUCCAACGAGUCACGGAUCGACGAAAAUGACGAAUUGAAGGAACUGGAACGACAAAAGAAAGAAAUUGAAAUGGAAAUUCGUAAAGAGGAGGAGGCCGAACGAUUGAGAAAGGAAGAAUCGGAGAAAUUACAGCAACAAAAGGAAAUGCAAGAAAGAAUGGAAAACGAGCGAAAGGAAAAAGAGAGAAUCGAAAUGGAGAAGGAAAAAGCGAACGCAUUGAAGAAGCUGCAGCGGAUCGAACGGAUGUCGACGGAAAUCGCAGCUGAAGUGAUCAAUGAAUUUGUUCAGCAAGAGUUGGAAGCAUUAGCGGAGGCGGCAUUGGACUUCUACCAGCAAAUCGAAAGUGCUACCGAAGACAUUUACUGCGAAUUAUUGGCAGAAAUCAUCUUCGAAGAGUCAGCGGACUGUGAACGCAUUCAUCAAGAAAGAAUUGAGACAAUCGAAAAUACACCGAUCUGGGUGCCGGAUAAACCGUUGCCUGAAUUAGUGCCUGAUCUAAUGCAUCCGCUUCAGUGCGAAACGCUAAAUAUGACCGAACGAUACCGACAUGGACGGCCGACGACAAUGACCUGUCCAGCAACACUCGAUAAUUCGAUUGAUCUGUUUGAGAUUAUUCCGCAGCAUCUGAACAGAAAGUCGACCACCAUUGAACGGAUACGAAAGCGGCCAACGUUUUGGAAGUGUGGCAUAUCGAUACCGAGCUCAACGGAAGACACAUCUGGUCCACGUAUCGAAAAGUGGUUGGAUAAAUUAUUCGUGCGACGUGACCCCGUCAGCUCGAAAUUAUUUUUCUGUGAACAGCAAUUCGUUCGGAAUGUUCAGCAAGACGUGGCAAUUUCGUUGCGAAAGUUUCGUGGCAGUGAGAUGAGCAACGAGGAUGGUAAUGUGACUGAAAGUGAUACUACCGGAUUGAAUGCGAUCGUUUUUAUUAUGUCGUCGUCAAAUGCAAAAGAAACUAGAAAGCGAUUACUGAAAGUGAUCCAGCAUAAGAGCGUAAACUGUGCCAUCGGAAUUGUUAUGUUGAAUGUGGACAAAAACUAUGAACAUUACCUCAGAUCUGAACUGCAAUUGAGCGAAUUAGUAACAGAUCCACAAUAUUCCAUUAAGUAUUUCUGUUCAAAAGAAAAUGCCACUUCUGCGCCUGUGGCCAGGGCCAAGUUGCUGUUGAGGUGCUUCAGAUGGGCUGCGUCUAAUUUCAAAUUUAAAAGUUUCCUUGAAAUGCAAACCACAACGUCCUUCUUCGAUCAAUGUUUGGGUAAUCAGUUUUGGCAUCGCAUUCUUACGUCUUCCACGCACAAUCCCGGUUUAUUCAAAGCUGCAACCAACAUUGGCUUCAUAAUUGACACCUAUAACACUGCCUUGGAUCAUCUAGACAAUAUCAUCACGGAAGAUCUAUCAAGUCAUCCACUGUUUCCACAAGAGUUUAAGCGUUUCGUCAAGCUAGCAUCGCAAGACAUUCCUGUGGAGUAUCAAUACUUUCCGGACGACUGGAAAAAUCCGAAUCGAUUGAAACUGUUACGCAAUUUCAUAGUGUCACUACGACUGCAACCGAUGUCACUGAAAACGUCAUCGCUUGAAGACAUUGAAGAACAGCUUUUAAUCUAUGCACACCGUCACAUCUCGGACAAACAACGCUCUGACCGCGCAGCAUAUCGAAUGAUCAAAGCUCUACUCGAAUAUUUAAAAUCCACCAGCGACGAUGACAACAACUUCCAGCAACAGAUCGGUGCAUUCAGUUGGAUUGAUCCAGUGCGCCUUCUUACGUUAGAAAUUCUUGUGUUCCGGUAUGAAGAAGAAGGUCACAGUAUACCGAAAGAAGUUAUCUACAACCGAGACACAUUCAAGCAAUACCACAAUGAUCCGUGGUGGCUUCAGGAUAAUAGUCCGAUGAAACAAGUGCGCUUAUCCUUUGAUUGUCUGGAAGAAGACGAUGGACCAACAGCGAAAAAACCGAAACCAAAUUCCAAUGACGAAAUUGAGCGAUUAAUGGCUCGAGGAGCUGAUGCACUGAGGAAUGCUAGUGCAAAGAUCGAUAAGUUCAAAACGACGGUGAAUAUCGGUAGAGAAAUUACACACGAAUUAGAUUCAUUGUUGUACGAACACGAACGAAAUUUGAGAGUGCAAAAGAGAUGGUCACAAUUGGAGAUGAAUCAAUAGCUUUCGAAUGUCUUUUUUCAGUUUAUUAUUUGUUGUUACAAUGAAUAAAGAAUCGAAUUCUACUCUACUC